AUGCCUGAAGACGAUCGCAUAAUCAUUCCAUACACGAAGAAGGAAGAUAAGUGGAUCACGGGAACAACCAUUUCGUCAGUGCAGACACUUCAGGGAAACAUCGCCACCCCUCCACCUUGUGAGUACACUCGUAAUGUCCCCGCCAUAGUUUUCUCAUCUGGUGGAUCCACAGGAAACAUAUUCCAUGAAUUCACCGAAUUAAUCAUUCCUUUGUUCCUCACUAGUCACCACUUCCAAUCUCGCCUCUUGAUGGUCACCAAUUUCAGACUUCAGUCCAUGGGUAAAUAUAAGAAAAUUUUCUCCCAUUUGUCAAGGUAUGAAGUCAUUAAUCCAGCAGCAAAUGUAAGUGUGCAUUGCUUUCCGGGAGCAGUUGUCGGGCAUCACUACCACGACCAUCUUGCCAUUAAGACAGCGGAAAUUCCCAAAGGUUACUCCAUGUUCAAUUUCAAGAAAUUUCUCAGAUAUUCUUACAACCUAAAGAUACAAGAUUCAUCACAGACGGAAAAACCCACGUUGAUACUUAUGUCUCGCAAAAAGUCAAGAGUCUUUAUGAAUGAAGAUGAGAUGGUGACCAUGAUGAAGGCAUUGGGCUUCAGAGUUGUCGUCGCACAGCCUGAUAUGAUGACCAAUAUGGACAAAUUUGAGGAGAUAGUAAACUCGUGCAGCAUACUGGUCAGUGCCCACGGUGCUGGGCUUACAAAUGCUGUCUUCUUGCCGGAAGGGGCUGUCCUGGUGCAAGUGAUGGGACUGGGCAUAGAUUGGAUAUCGAACACUUUGGCAUUCCAGCUCUAG